UGCUUCACACGCCAUUCUCCACAGGGCUAUAUAAUUUAAAGCUCCGGCCUCCUCAUUCUGUAUCAAAUAUUUGUGUUUUUGCUCUGUUUCUCACCUCUGAUCAGCCAUGGCAGAAACUCAGGCUCACCUGAACGGUGCCUAUUACGGUCCAUCAAUCCCUCCUCGCCGCAAAGACUACCACCGCCCCGGCCACGGCAGCAGUGGCUGCGGAUGCUGUGGCUGCCUUUUCGGCUGCCUCUGCGACUGCAUUUUGAGCCUCAUUUUCAAAAUCGUCUUCACUGUCAUCGUCAUGAUUGGCCUCGCCGCCCUCGUCAUCUGGCUCAUCCUCCGCCCCAACAACCUCAAGUUCCACGUCACUGACGCCUCUCUGACGCAGUUCAAUUUGAGCACCACCAACAACAUGCUGCAAUACAAUCUGGCCCUGAACGUCACCGUCAGAAAUCCCAACAAGAGGAUUGGCAUAUAUUACGACAACAUCCAGGCCAAUGCUUACUAUGAAGAUCAGAGAUUUGAUUCCAAGUCUUUGACCCGAUUUUACCAAGGACACAAGAACACGACCGUCUUGAGCCAGGUGUUUGACGGACAGCAAUUGGUGUCGCUGGGGACAAGUGAGCUAUCCAAGUUCAACUCAGAGAAGAGUAACGGGAUCUACGGUAUUGUUUUGAAGCUGAGACUCAGAAUUAGGGUCAAGGCGGGUUGGAUCAAGAUUGGGCACUUCAAGCCCAAGAUCAACUGCGACUUGAAGGUUCCUUUGAGUUCUAAUGGAUCGUCAGCAAGUAGCUUUGAGACUACCAAGUGCAGUUAUGACCUCUGAUGGUCUUGUACAUGUUUGAUCGGGGCUUUGAUUUCAGUUUCGUAUGGCGUUACAGUACUUGUGUUUUUCUUUGUUUUUGGUCACUUGUAGAUGACCCUCUAGGAUAUUUCUUAAUUUCUUUCUUUUUCCGGUAUAGAUGAUUUUGUUGAAAUUGCACUAUAUGUUGUUUUUGUCAUUUGAGUUUUACUUAUGAUCACAGAUUCACAUUCAUUAGUAAAUAAAUAAAAUAUUGACUGUGGUGACUUUUUCUUGUU